GUUUCUUAUUGAAUGAAAGACAGUCAUCAGCGUGUCAUGGAGGACGGUGGUCAAGUGCAUUCUAGCACUCUUCUCGAAGAAACUUUUUACGUUACGUCCAAGAAAAACACUUAUUACAAGGUGAGACUAACGGAAAAAGGUCUCAGCUUGGAAAAAGACAAUAAUGGUGCGACGAAGGUUGAAACGAUCGUUCUAAACGACAUAAUAGGGUGCAGAUGUAUGCGUUCGAAACGCAAAAGCGCGGGAAGCUGUGUUUGUGGGCCAGGUACUUCGAGAUCUCAAUUCAAGUUGGUCGAGUCUAUGGAAGCGUUUCAAUGCUAUGAUGAGUUCGACACUUCGGCCUAUCUUUAUAUUUAUGCUUACACGCUGAAGAAGGUACGCAUGAAGGGUAUCAAGAGACGGGAAAGAACAACAAUCACGCUACGGUUCCGCAGCUUUGACAAGUACGAGGAUAAUCUACGGGAGGCCAGCAGGUGGCGAUUAGCUAUCAAAUGUCUCAUUGUUGGCGUGACCGUGCCUAAAAGUUUCAUGAGCCCCAGUCACGAGAACCUUGAAUCGUUGAUCAAUGCGUGUCCAGGCGAGCAACGAAAGAUUCUGGUGUUGCUGAAUCCAAAAUCGGGUCCAGGAAGGGGUCGAGAAACAUUCCAGAAGAGGGUCCAUCCGAUUCUAUCGGAAGCCGAGAGGCCUUACGAGAUCCACAUCAGCAAGUGUCCCAAUUACGCGCGCGAGUUCGUGCGUACGAGGGACAUCUAUCAAUGGAGCGGGCUGCUGAUGGUCGGGGGGGACGGUAUCGUGUUCGAGGUAGUGAAUGGGCUUUUCCAGAGGCCCGAUUGGGAGAAAGCUCUGAGAGAAUUGCCCCUUGGCGUGAUACCCUGCGGUUCCGGUAAUGGCCUGGCGAAAUCCAUCGCGUACGCUAAACAGGAGCCGUACGAUUACAAUCCGCUUCUGGUCAGCGCUCUCUCUGUGGUGAAGUUCAAGAAAGCGCAGAUGGACUUGGUGCGCGUGGAGACACGGAGCCAAAUUUUAUUUUCAUUUUUAUCUGUCGGGUGGGGCCUGCUCGCCGACAUUGACAUUGAGAGCGAACGUCUACGAGCGAUUGGCGGUCAGAGAUUUACGGUUUGGACUAUCGCCCGGCUGAUAGGACUGAGAACGUACAAGGGCAAGGUAUCUUACUUGCCGUGCGAUAAAGUACCGUACGUGGAAAAUGUAGGUAAUGGCAAGGCCUACGAGUACGCGAAGGAAGCACAGAUAUCGCACUCAAGAAGCUGCGGCGACGAUUUGGAUCGAUACAGCAAAGUUAGCGAAUCAAAGAGCUUCCACGACGCACUCGAUGGAGAUCCUGCUAUACUGGAUGCGUCCUUCGAUGGCUUCGACGAUAACGAAAUAAUAAGCGAAAGUAUCACUUUAGAAACGGAUGCUGAGAGAAGACAGAGGCUAGACAGCUUCUAUUCCGCGACCUCCGCGAGGUCAACUUACUUUAGUACGGGUUCAAUUUCUAGUUACCAUAGCGUCGAAGAUCCUGAUAACAUGGAAAUUGAUGCAGAGAACAACAGUAGUCAAGUUAUGUAUGGUCCAUCGUCAAGGCUGCCAGCUCUUACUUCAGAAGUAUCAAGUUCCUGGACACAAAUUCAGGGAGAGUUUGUUAUGGUCCAUGCGGCAUAUCAGUCUCAUUUAGGCCAAGAUUAUUUCUUUGCUCCUCGUGCCAAAUUGGCGGACGGUAUUAUUUGGCUCGUGAUAGUGAAAGCCGGAAUCACUCGAGCCAAUUUGCUCCAGUUCCUGUUGGGUUUAAAUAAUGGUACCCACCUAACACGUUCUGGCAUCGACAUGAUACCGGUAAAGGCGUUUCGAAUAGAACCAGAGGAAGGAGCGAACGGUUACAUUACUGUGGAUGGAGAAAGAGUAGACUAUGGACCAUUACAAGCCGAGAUAUUUCCGUCUUUGGCGUCAGUAAUGUCCCCUUGAUACAAAUUAGCGUUAAACUUCGUAUGGAGUUAGCAAUGGAAAUCAAAUGGUACAAUCCUAGAACCUUAAGUUCAAUGAUAUAUACAUAUACGGUAGCAUGGUCCUGGUGACAAUACUGUAUUAAAUAUAAUCGCGUUUGCGAUACAUAAAGUACGAUUUAGCUCAGAGGAAUGUGAUAGGUAUACAUUGUAGACUGUGAAGUUAAAUCAUUCCAUCAGAUGUAUACGAGUAUGUAUAAUUUAACGAGAUCAAC